AUGUCGCUGGUUAGCAUAUUAGCUCCCCUAGUCACUUCAGAAGGUUUAGAUUCGAGGAUCAAACCCUCAUCGCAAAAGGGUACUUUUCCCCCAACCAAACCGUCGCUAUGGAAAACCACUGAAUUCAAAUUCUACUACUUGGUGUUUUUAGUUGCAGUGCCCUUAAUGUUCCGUGCUGGACUGCAGGCUAGUUCUUUAGACAAUCCAAAUUACACUCGGUAUGAACAUCUCUUGUCCCAAGGUUGGUUAUUUGGUAGAAAAGUGGAUAAUAGCGAUUCCCAAUAUAGGUUCUUCAGAGACAAUUUUGUGCUGUUAUCGACUUUAAUGAUAGCUCAUACCUCCAUAAAACGUAUUGUGAUUUAUUCAACCAAUAUUUCAAAAUUAAGAUUUGAUCUAAUAUUUGGUUUGAUUUUUUUAGUGGCCGCACAUGGUGUCAAUUCAAUGAGAAUAUUAGCCCAUAUGUUGAUACUGUAUACACUUUCUCACAUGUUGAAAAACCAUAGAAAAAUAGCCACAAUUAGUAUUUGGGCUUACGGUAUCUCCACUCUUUUCAUCAACGACAAUUUCAGAUCCUAUCCAUUCGGCAGCGUUUGUUCUCUUUUGAGUCCACUAGAUAACUGGUAUAGGGGGAUUAUUCCAAGAUGGGAUGUUUUUUUCAAUUUUACUCUUUUAAGAGUCUUGAGUUAUAAUAUGGACUUUUUAGAAAGAUGGGAGAAUUUUAAAACUAAGAAGAGUCCAACUUACGAAUCAAAAGAAGCUAAAUCAGCCAUUUUGCUUGACGAGCGUGCCAGAUUAACCGCAGCUCACCCGAUUCAAGAUUACAGUUUGAUGAACUAUAUAGGCUAUGUCACAUACACUCCACUUUUCAUUGCUGGCCCCAUUAUAACUUUUAAUGAUUACAUUUACCAGUCAAAACAUAUUCUGCCAUCAAUCAAUUUUAAGUUUAUCUUCUACUAUGCAGUGAGAUUCGUUAUUGCUAUCCUAUCUAUGGAAUUCAUCUUGCACUUCCUUUACGUCGUGGCAAUUUCAAAAACAAAAGCUUGGGAAAAUGACACGCCUUUCCAAAUUUCCAUGAUCGGUUUAUUCAAUUUAAAUAUUAUUUGGCUAAAACUUUUAAUCCCAUGGAGAUUGUUUAGACUAUGGGCUCUUAUUGAUGGAAUCGAUACACCCGAAAACAUGAUCAGGUGUGUGGAUAACAACUACAGUGCAUUGGCGUUCUGGAGAGCCUGGCAUAGAAGCUACAAUAAAUGGGUUGUCCGUUAUAUUUACAUUCCUCUCGGCGGCUCAAAAAAUAGAAUCCUAACCUCUUUAGCCGUUUUUUCCUUCGUGGCCAUAUGGCAUGAUAUUCAAUUAAAAUUAUUAUUCUGGGGUUGGUUGAUCGUUCUCUUCCUUUUGCCUGAAAUUUUUGCUACUCAAUUUUUCUCUCAUUAUUCUGACACUAUCUGGUACAGACACGUUUGUGCGAUUGGUGGUGUUUUCAACAUAUGGGUGAUGAUGAUCGCCAAUCUCUUUGGGUUUUGUUUGGGCUCUGAUGGUACUAAGAAAUUGCUAAGCGAUAUGUUCUGUACCGUUUCAGGUUUUAAAUUUGUCAUUUUGGCAAGUGCUAGUUUAUUUGUUGCUGUGCAAGUAAUGUUUGAAAUUAGAGAAGAAGAAAAAAGGCACGGAAUCGUCUUGAAAUGUUGA